AUGGCAAAGACAUUCACGAAGGACGACGUGGCGUCGCACAACAAGCCCGAUAAUCUUUGGAUCAUCGUUGACGAUGAUGUGUACGACUUGACCAAGUUCCAGGACGAGCACCCAGGUGGGAAGAAAAUCCUCACACGGGUCGCUGGAAAGGACGCCUCAAAACAAUUCUGGAAAUACCACAAUGAAGGAAUCUUGAAGAAGUACCAGUCCAAAUUGCAGGUUGGAUCGCUGAACACCAAGAAGGCGGUGGAAGCACCCGCUUCCGCGCCCAAGACGGAAGCCGCGAAGCCUCAAACAGCUGCAGUUGUUGAUGUCGCCGCCGCAAAGUCCGCGGAGCCUCAGGAGCCGUACGGCGACUUGAUCCCGUUCGCGGAUCCAUCCUGGUACCAGGGCUACCACUCUCCCUACUUCAACCAGACCCAUGCCGCUCUCCGCGAUGAAGCCCGGAAAUGGGUUGAGACCGAGAUCGAACCAUACGUGACCGAGUGGGAUGAAGCCAAGGAGGUUCCUGACCGUAUCUAUAAGCAGAUGGGUGAGCGUGGAUAUCUCGCAGGUCUGCUCGGAGUCAAGUACCCCGUCCAGCACACCCCGCACAGGGUUCAGUCCGUCGCACCCGAGAACUGGGAUCUCUUCCACGAAAUGCUCCUUACCGAUGAGCUCUCCCGUGCCGGCAGUGGUGGUCUUGUCUGGAACUUGAUUGGCGGCUUCGGAAUCGGUUGUCCUCCCUUGGUGAAAUAUGGCAAGAAGCCACUUGUGGAUCGUAUCCUUCCUGGCAUCCUGGCCGGCGACAAGCGCAUCUGUCUUGCCAUUACGGAGCCUGAUGCCGGCAGUGAUGUCGCCAACCUGACCUGCGAGGCCAAGCUGUCCGAGGAUGGCAAGCAUUACAUUGUCAACGGCGAGAAGAAGUGGAUCACCAACGGUGUCUGGUCUGACUACUUCACCACUGCUGUCCGUACCGGCGGGCCCGGCAUGAACGGCAUCAGUGUGCUGCUCAUCGAGAGAGAGGCUGGCGGUGUCCAGACAAGACGCAUGGAUUGCCAGGGUGUCUGGAGCAGCGGUACCACAUACGUGACCUUUGAGGAUGUCAAGGUUCCCGUGGAGAACCUCAUCGGCAAGGAGAACCAGGGUUUCAAGGUGAUCAUGACCAACUUCAACCACGAGCGAAUUGGUAUCAUCAUCCAAUGUCUCCGCUUCUCCCGCGUUUGCUACGAGGAAUCCAUGAAAUACGCCCACAAGCGCAAGACUUUCGGCCAGAAGCUUGUCAACCACCCCGUCAUCCGCAUGAAGCUUGCUCACAUGGCCCGACAAAUUGAAGCCAGCUACAACUGGCUCGAGAACAUCAUUUUCCAAUGCCAGUCGAUGGAAGAGACCGAGGCAAUGCUCAAGCUUGGAGGUGCCAUUGCCAGCUUGAAAGCCCAGUCGACCACUACUUUCGAAUACUGCGCUCGCGAGGCCAGUCAGAUCUUCGGUGGAUUGAGUUACAGCCGCGGUGGGCAAGGCGGCAAGGUCGAGAGACUGUACCGUGACGUCCGCGCGUAUGCCAUCCCCGGAGGAAGUGAGGAGAUUAUGCUAGAUCUCAGCAUGCGUCAGAGUCUUCGUGUUCAUCAAAUGUUUGGCAUGAAGCUAUAA